AUGAAUACGCUAUACUUGUUAGUAUUCUUCUGUCUAGAUUUGAUAAGAAUAUCGUACGGGUCGGUGUAUAUUGGAUUUCCAUUAAAUGAACAAUUGCCUAACGUUGCCCGAGUGAACGAGGCAUACUUGUUUACCAUGGCCAACACUACUUAUAAGGCCGACGGAGAGGUGAGCUAUAGUGCUUCAAACUUGCCAGAUUGGAUGUCUUUUGACGGUGGGUCGAGGACGUUCACAGGUACACCUUCAAAGAAAGAUGCUGGUGAAUUCAAUAUUACAUUGACGGGUACAGACUCUGAUGACGGUUCUACGUUGUCUAAUCAGUAUUCUAUGAUCGUCUCUGAAGACGAAGGAAUACAUUUAUCGUCAGACGACGUGAUGUUCACUGAAAUCGCCAAAUAUGGCUAUACAAAUGGGAACGAUGGACUUGUGGUUAACGAAGGAGACAAAUUCGAUAUUAAGUUUGAUUCGGAUAUUUUCAAAUCUUCAUCAAAUUCUAGUAGACCAAUUGUGGCAUACUACGGGAGAUCUUCUGAUAGAAGUUCCUUACCUAACUGGAUUGACUUCAAUUCAGACGAUCUUUCCUUCUCAGGAACUGUUCCUUAUGUUGCCUCAGAAAAUGCCCCAUCUUUUAAGUACGGAUUUUCUUUCAUCGCAUCUGAUUACUAUGGAUUUGCAGGUGCUGAAGGUAUUUUCAGAUUAGUUGUCGGAGGCCACCAAUUGAGUACCUCAUUAAACGAAACAAUUAAACUUAACGGUACAUUGGAAAGUGAAAUUGAAGUAGAUGUGCCCAUCUUAUCAGACGUCUACUUAGAUGGGGAAGCCAUUUCCACCGCAAACAUUUCCAAUGUGUAUGCUGAGGAUUUACCUGAUUAUGUAACCUUCAAUGAAGAUAACUUCACAUUAACUGGUAUCUUCCCAGACAAGUCAACAUUCGAUAACUUUACCAUUAUAGUUGAAGAUAAGUACGGGAAUUCAGUUGAUUUGCCAUACCUGAUUGAUGCAAUCGGGUCCGUUUUCACAGUCAAAGAUUUAAAAGACGUCAACGCAACGAAAGGGGAAUAUUUCAGUUACGAACUUUUAAAGUCUUUGUUCACUGAUUAUAAUAAUACAAAGAUUUCAGUUGAUUAUGAUGCAGACUGGUUAACUUAUCAUAAAGAUAACAGAACCCUUUCCGGCAAAGCUCCAAAUAAUUUGGAUAAGGUAAAGGUUAAAGUUGCUGCUUCUUCUGACUAUGAUAGCGAAACCAAGAGUUUCAAUAUUGAUGGUAUUUCAAAGAAGAAAAGUUCGUCAAGCUCGUCAAGAUCUUCCAGUAGUAGGGCUUCAAGUUCUGCAACUUCUGAAUCAACUACCAGUUCAUCAGGAGCAGUAGCACAUAAUAAAUCUAGUGGUGUUGAUCAUAAGGCUCUAGCCAUUGGUCUUGGAGUAGGAAUUCCAUUGUUUUUGAUUGCACUUGCAGCACUUAUCCUUCUCUUCUGCUGUCUUAAGAGAAGAAAGAAUAAGAAGGAGGACGAUUUUGAUCAAGAAAAGGCAACAACAGGAGCUGCUACAGGAGCUGCAGCAGGAGUUGCAGCAGGAAGUGGAUCACCUGAAUUAACUGGUCCUGGAUUUGGUACCACCGUUGACUUAGAUGAUCGGGACGAAAAUGCCAAACAAUUAGCAGCCCUUAAUGUUUUGAAAUUGGAUGAAAAAGACAAAUUAGCAUCUGAUGCCCACAGUACUUCCUCAUCGGUUACUCACGUUGAGUCAGAAUACAGUGAUGAUUCUAGGUACUUCGAUGCAUCUGAAAAGCCACUUAAGUCUUGGAGAGCUAAUGAUAAAUCAGAUAUUGCAAAGGGAGGAAUGAUAGGAGCUGCAGGUGCAGGUACAGGUGCAGUUGCAGGACUGGCCCUCUUAUCCAAGGAUAAUAAUGUCAGACAAUCAGAUGCUUCUAUGAGUACAGUUAACACAGAGCAAUUAUUCUCAGUUAGAUUGGUUGAUGAUAAUUCCUACAGGAACUCUAAUCGGUCAUCAUAUGGUUCAGGACAAUUUUUAAGUAAUGGUUCAUUAAAUGCAUUAUUAAGAAGAGAAGAAUCUGGUAAUAUUCAAAAAUUGGAUAGUGACGGAAACAUUGUUGGAACCGCCAAUGGUUUACUGAGAGGUGUAUCAGCACAUUCCAGAACUCCCUCUAGUGAUUUAGACAUUUUGGUUGAAGAAAACUCGAAGGACCACUCAAACGAUACAAAUGAUACACACACCGAUGCAACCAUUAUACGUACGAAUGAUAUCUUGGGCGACGAUACUGCCAGUUUAAAUUCGCGUUUUCAAGAAUCAAGAAAUACUUCAGGUCCUACUAGCUACCAGCAAUUGGUGAAUCAAAACAACGAGCAUGGUGAUUUCGCAGAUGAAUUCAAAGCAACAAGAAAUCCAAACAGCGAAAUAAAAUGGGUGCAAUCCACGAGUACCGAUAAUUUAAUUUCCCCAGCAUCAGACACUUUCUUAGCUAAUGAUGCAAAUGCAAAUACUCCAAAGAUGGGAUAUGAUUUGCAAAGUUCCCCAAUUAGGGGUUCUAACUUAUCGGCCAUUUCAUUAGGGAGAAGUAGUUCUGAAAAUCCAAGAAUUUCAAAUGCUUCAUUAAGUACCAAAGCAAAAUUGGUUGAUUUUACAAGAAAAUCUAGCAUGAGAGAAUCUGCGCAUGAGCCUAAUAUCGACUUAGAGGGUGAAACUGCACAAAUUCAUUAUGACGAUGAUAGUGUUUAG